GCCCAGAGUUAAGGAAGCUCUUUUAGUCCAAGGACUACAUUUUCUUCUGGGCAGACUUCUGGGGGCCACAUGCCAUUGGUGAAUGGGGCCAGAGGCAAAGGUAAUUUGGCCUCUAGGGAUGCCGUUGGGGGAGAAAGCGGUCUCUGUGACAGUGGCAAGCUUGUGCUGACGGCAUUUUUACCUAAUUGUUAUCUCAUUAACAUUCAGUCAGUAUGGACACUUUGCCGAAUGUCCUUUCUCCAGUGUGUGGAAGUGGCGAUGUUCUUAGCUCCCAAGUAGAAGUGCAAAAAUUGUUAAAUGAUGAAAGGAUGCGGUGUGAACACCAUAAAACUAAUUACCAAACCCUAAAAGCAGAACAUACAAGGUUAUUGAAUGAAUAUACAAAAUCGCAAAAUGAGAUCAAACAGCUGUUACGUGAAAAACAAACUGUUCAUGAUAAAUUUCAGGCUCUACUUGCCGAAUUCCGAGAUGAAUUAUUGGAUAAAUCAAGAGAAGUAGAGGAGUUAAAGAAGCAGGUACUAACUCCACAGAAGCUGGAGAACCUUCAAACAGAUAUACGAGGUAGCGUAGAAGCACCUCUGAGAGAGAGCCUUCGUAAGCAAGAAAAAGAAACAGAAAAAUAUAGAACAGAAUAUAACCAACUUCGCUAUGAACAUACAGUCCUCAAAUCAGCGUUUGAGCAUAAGAAAGAAGAGGAUGCCCGUAUUUUAGAAGAGAACAAAUUAAAAUAUGAAUCUGAGAUAACAAGACUGGGAAAAGAUAAAGAAGAAUUGCAUAAUCAGCUGCUUAAUAUUGAUCCUUCAAGAGAUAAUAAGCGUGUGGAAGCACUAUUAAGAGAAAAGGCUCAGCUAGUCCAGAAAUUAAAGUGUUUUGAAGCAGAAGUAGCAGAACUAAGAGCCCAGAGAGAGAAUUCUGGUAUGCAAGCAGAAAAUGUUCAAAGGAUACAGGUUCGACAGUUAACUGAGAUGCAAGCUACAAUGAGAUCCCUAGAGGCUGAAAAACAAUCACUUAAGCUGCAGCUUGAACACAUUGAAAAAGAAUUGCAGAUGAGCAGUGAGCAAAAUGCGCUGUUAACAGGCAAGCUGCAUAAAGCUGAACGAGAAAUUGGUACCUUGACUACUAAAGUUGAAGAACUUAAGCAUUCACACAAGUUAGAAAUAACAAACAUCAAGCUGGAAGCGGCAAGAGCUAGGACUGAGAUAGAAAGAGAAAGAAACAAGAUUCAAAGUGAAGUAGAUGGGUUACACUCAGAUAAUGAAAUACUUAAGACAACACUUGAGCAGCACAAAGUGCUUCUCAUAGAAAAGGAUCGUGAAUUAGUACGCAAAGUACAAGCUGCAAGAGAAGAAGGCUUCCAAAAACUUGCAGUGUUACAGGAGGAAAAGUUAGAACUUGAGGCCAGAUUAGCUGAACUAGAGAAAAUCAAAGUGGAACAAGACACUCAGAGACAAUCGGAAAAGGAUCAAUACGAGGAGAAGUUAUCUGCUAUGCAGUUGACAGAAGAAUCCAGCAGAAGGGAAAUCCAGAAUCUUAGGCUAAAGGCUCAACAGCAAGUUAUAAAUUCUGAGGAGCUAGAAAAAGAGAAAAGUGAAAAUGCUAAUCUAAAGGAGCAAAUCCAUGAUUUACAGCUCCAAAUGGCUUCACUUUCACAGCUGGAGAAAAACUUGCUAGAUUCCAAUCAGAAACUCAAGGAGAUGCUGGAGAGAUUAAAACAUGAAUGCCAGAAUGCAAGAAAUCAAGCAGAAAGGGCUCAGUUAGAUUCAGAGAAGUCCUUGGAAGACAAACGCAUAGAAUGGCUAGAAGAAAAACAUAAAUUUAUUCAGCGCAUUACAGAGAUAGAACAGAAGUAUAACCAGAUAAAAGAAAAAUUGCACCGGGCAGCAGUUGCUCAGAAAAAGGCAUGUUGCUCACAACAUAUUUCUGAGGGAAGCUUUUCAUUCUGGAGAAAGACACUUAAUGACAAAAAACAAAAGAAAUUACUGGAGAAGAUAGAGCUCUUGGAAGCCAAGAGGGAAGAACUGGAAACAGAAAACCAAGUGUUAAAAAGGCAGAAUGUUCCUUUUGAAGAACAUAUUCGCCUUCAGAAAAGACUAAAGGAUUUGCAACGCAGACAUAAUGAAUUCCGCAGGUUAAUUCUGUUUCCCAAUAUCCCAGCACUAAAUCCUGUUGGCUUAUUGUGUUCAACUCCGAUUCCUGGACCAGAGGCAUCCUUCCCUCUCCUGCCGGAGGAACAGCAUCAAAAAGAACUUUCCCUGCUUCGCAAGCGCCUGGAGGAACUAGAAACCACACAGAGAAAACAGUUGCGAGAGCUUGGGGCCUCUACUGAACAAGCUCGGUCAGCAGUAAGCACCGACUCUAACUCUGAUAGAAACAAACUUCUUGAAGACUAUGGUCUACCAGCUGGGGAUGCCAAAUAAAAACUGGUCUCUAAAACAUUACAUUUUUCCUUUGCCAAAAACACAAUAGACGUGCCUUGAAGUAGAGAAUAUUCUGUAUAUUUUGUAUAUUUUUAAUUAAAUGUUUUUAAAAGCAACAACAGCACUGUAAUUCAAGUAAAACUAAAAUUUUAGAUUAUAAGAGAUCCAUCAUGUUGUAUAAAAAUUUUUCUAACAAAACUUCUCUGACGCCUCUUAUGUGGAGGCUAUGGAAAAAUCCUUGGGAAAAUUCCCCUUUCCCAUUUGAUUAUAAAGUUUUCCAUCUUUCAUCAGUACUGUGAGCUUGAGGCUGGCAUCAUGCAAUUAAAAAUACUGAAACAAUCCAAAACUAAAUGACAUGAUCAUUUGAACUCUGUCAACAUAGAUUAUGAAGGCAGGUAAAAUGUUGGCAUUACAAUAUCUCUGUCUUUAGAAAGUACUUUAUUAUCUGCACUUUAAUACGAUUAUAUGGGAUAUCAAAAGAAGUAAUUGAGCUUUUGAAAUAAUUGUGAAGUAUGAAUAUAUGCUUUUACCUUUAUAGAGAGAGACGUGUGUGGUGCAAUGCAAAUGUUAACAGUGAUCAUAUCUAUUUAUUAUAAUAUAUUUUUGUAAAAUCUCCUUCCUUGUGUGUUAUUUAAUUGCAGCAACAGUGUGAGAGAGCACUGAAUUUUCUUUAUGUAGGGAACUUUUAUUCCCAAGUAUAUUUGAUUACCAUGCUAAUAAUUAAAUUUUUUUUUAAAUGCA